GGAAUGACUACUUUGUGUGCUGAUGAAGUUAUUUUGAUCUCUCAGAAAGCCCUAACCCUAACUCACGUUGCAAAAUUCCAGUCGGAGAGUUCAGCGUUAAAAUGGUAGCAAUGGAUUUAAAGUCGGAGAUCAAGAAAUUAAUGGAGAAAAGGAGUGCUUUGGAGACGGAAAUGAACGUUAUCAUCGAGCGUCUUUGUCAGCCCGGCGGCCCUGGACUUUCCGGCAAUCUCGUCGACUCUGAGGGGUUUCCGAGGUCUGACAUUGACAUUCCACUAGUGCGAGCGGAUCGAAAUAGACUUGCAGGACUGCGGAAUGAUCAUACAGAUAUAACGGAGAAAAUAGGCCAAAAUAUAGAGCUGCUGCAUGCAGCAAGGCUUGCUUCAAAAUCUUCAACUGCUAUGGACUCAGGUGAUGUUGCAGGUCCCAAUAUGCAUAAUAUCAGUCCAUCUAAUGGGGGAGGUCCCAUCAGUGAAAUGGAUGUGGAUGUCAGCAGACCCUUUGCAAUGGUGGAUGAGAUAACUGAGGAAUCUCCAGCAGCAGAGGAUGGUUUGCAACUUGGAGAUCAAAUUGUGAAAUUUGGGAAUGUUGAAUAUGGUGAUAAUUUGUUACCAAGGCUUGCUUCUGAAGCACAGAUGAAUCAAGGCCAUCCUGUACCUAUGGUGGUUAUGAGGCAAGGGACUUCAAUUAACUUGACAGUCACGCCAAGAACUUGGCAAGGCCGUGGCUUGCUUGGAUGUAAUUUCCGGAUCUUGUGAUGUGUUUUUUCCGAUGUCAUUUCAUGGGGUGUGCUGGAUUAGUACAAGUAAGCUUACUAUUGUCCAAACUCGGAUGUUUCCAUAGCUUUGCAUAUACAGCUUGUCAACAACUCAAUAAUGUUGUAAGAGUUAUCUAGACUUUGACUGUGCACCAUUACGUUAUUGCAUGCAUCAUUCAUCUUCUCUUAUAUUAGCAGUAAAAAUGGUUUCUUCAAUAAGAUGUAAUCCAUCAUUGCAGACA